AUGCGCUCAGGCCUGCUCUGCAUUCAACUCCUUAACAAAGCGUUUGUGGUCGCUCCUAUCGUCCGCGAAGAUGAGCUGCGAGUCUAUUCAUCUGAUGUUGCUCCUAUCGGGAUGUACGGAUCGAAGACUUGGCCAGUACCGUCCACAGUGAUGGGAGAAAUCGACGGCACAGAUAGCAAACUGCCUAGGCUGACGUUUGUGUGA